CGCGCACGCCGGGAACCCGUCUCCGCGGCUGCUUCGGCUGCGGCGGUCGGUAGUCGCGAUGGACUCUCCGUGGAAUGAGCUGACCCUUGCCUUUUCUCGCACUUCCAUGUUCCCCUUUUUUGACAUCGCCCACUACCUGGUGUCGGUGAUGGCGUUGAAGCAUCAGCCGGGAGCAGCAGAGCUGGCAUGGAAGAAUCCUCUGUCAAGCUGGUUUACUGCUAUGCUCCACUGCUUUGGUGGAGGAAUUUUAUCCUGUGUACUGCUUGCAGAGCCUCCACUUAGGUUUCUUGCAAACAGCACUAAUGUAUUACUGGCAUCUUCAAUCUGGUAUAUUGCAUUUUUUUGCCCAUGUGACCUAGUUUCCCAGGGAUACUCAUUCCUACCUGUUCAACUGUUGGCUGCGGGAAUGAAGGAAGUGACCAGAACUUGGAAAAUAGUAGGUGGAGUCACACAUGCUAAUAGCUAUUACAAAAAUGGCUGGAUAGUCAUGAUAGCUAUUGGAUGGGCCCGAGUUACUGCACCUAAAACUAAAAUCAGAGAAGGAAAUGAUAAAGCAGAGGAGUUUAUUUUUUCAGGUGCAGGUGGUAGCAUUAUCACGAACUUUGAGCAGUUGAUAAAAGGAUGUUGGAAACCAGAAGCGGAGGAAUGGCUGAAGAUGUCCUACACUGCCAAGGUAACCCUGCUGGGAUCAGUUAUCUUCACAUUCCAGCAAACCAAGCAUUUGGCAAUAUCAAGGCAUAAUCUUAUGUUCUUCUUUACUGUGUUUCUUGUGGCCACGAAGAUAACCAUGAUGAUUACAGAGACUGCUCUUAUGCCUUUUGCUUGUUUUGAAGAUACAUUGAGUCGGAUGCUGUUUGGCUGGCAGCAGAAGUUUUUACCAUGUGAAAAGAAAAGUGAAACAAAAUCAUCUUUCAAUGGUACUGGUUCAUCUACCUCAAAACCUGUAGCUAAUGCUUCAGAGAAAGUUAAAAAGAAACAUAGUAAGAAGACUGAGUAAAUUCACUUGAUGAGCUUCAGAAAGCAAAAAAUUUUCUUACCUACCUGUCAGAUUGUGAUAAAUAUUUCUUGUAAAUGAUGUAAAUAAAGAUUAUAUAUAAGGAUUGGAGGUGACAAAAAGAAAGAACUUCUUUCUGUUUCAGGGAGACUGUCCCUUUCUGGAUUGUAAUUUUUUGAGUGUUAUGAGUAUAUCAUGUGAAAUUGUUUUUCUAAGUUAUAUAUAAAAGAUUCUAUUGUGAUUUUUAAAAGUUUUAUAUGGAUAAAAGAAGACUGAAUUUUUAAAAAAAUGUUAGAAAAAGUAAACCUACUGUCAUUGCAAAAUUACAAAAUUAAAGUCUUACUGUUUAAUCUAGAUAUUUUCAUAAAUUUUUAUUUGAAUCUAUUUGAAUUUUAGUUCAGCAAAAUUAAACUUUUAUUUUCACAUUACCAUUAUAAUUCCUAGAUAUGAAAAACAGUUCUUGUUUAAUUUUGAGUACUUUGGGAAGAGUAAACUUUACCUAAAUCACUUUAUAUUAUGAAUGAAAAUAAAUUACUAGUUUAUAUCUCAGAAAUGAACAUUGUAUUUUUUGCCCACAUUAAAUGGAAAUAUCUGAAAUUUAAUUGUUUUCUACUAGCAUUUUUCAGUGAGAAUAGAAUAUUAUUAGUCUUAAUCUUAAGUGUGUUUCUUGCCCUUGUUUGUACUAUUUCUUUUUUCUCAAAAGAAAAUCAGGGGCAUAAUUUUUAAUAAGUUACUAAGUCCAUGUUUUGCUUUGUAAGUUUUGAGGAGCUUAUUUUUUUUUCUCUCUCCUUAAAACACAUUUGUUUUAACUGUGGGAGAUAUUCUUCACAGCAUUUUGUAUAUUCUUAAGGAUUAUUUAAAUUAAAAAAAUUUACCUUAAUGUUUACUUUCUUAUAAGUACUUCUCAGUUUUCUAGUUGAAUGCCUCUUACUAGUUUUACAUAUGUUUGUUAUGUUUUAAUGUACAUGUACAUAUAUUACUAAUUUUAUUUUACAUUAAAACUAGUUACCCUUAUGUGUAAAUACUCAGCUCUAAUGAGAAUUGUCCUCGGGCAUCUGACAGCAUCCAGCUAAUUAAGAAGAAACAAACUAAAAUCUUGUAUGGUAGUAGUCUAUUUGAGUAAAGAAUGAUGACGUUACAUUUUGUACCUAUUGGCAAAAAUAAUUACAAUAAUAUAAUAAUAAGUAGAAAAGUUAUUAAAUAAUGUUAAACUUUCUUUAUUUUAUAGUUUAAAAGUCCAGUUAUAAUUUUAAAAACUCUGUGACUGACAUAAGUUCUGCUAAGACCAUGAGCCUGCAUAGAGUUAGCAUGUAUCAGGCAUUUUUGUAUGACAUAGAAAUAUUCAAAUCAUACUCAAUUUGGAAGUCUUGGUUUUUAAAAUUUUUAAAAAUAUAUAUAUAAACACCAGCAGGUACUAUACUUGCUAAGAAAGUUUGUUUUGAGGGGGAGGACCUUUGAUAACUUUGGAAUGAUAAGAAGUUAAUUUUUUAAUAUUAAGUUAAUUUUUUAAUAUUCUGAAAAGUCAUUAAAUAUUUAAGGGUUCUGUAUUAUAUUUGAUACUUUUAUAGUUAACUUUUCAGAAUUAAAACGUUGCUAAUUACUGGCUUAGUUUUGAAGUUUGGGUUUCACUAUAAUUGAAAUGGCAGGAAUCUUAUUUUACACUUGUAUUAAAGAUAAACUUAUUGCAAUAAAUUAUUAUUUCUAUGUUUUUUUGUAUUUUUCUUGAUAUAGGAGUUUAUAGCUCCUGUGGCCUUUUGGUUGAUUUGAUAUAUAUCCAGAUAUUACUGUCUGCAUGAGAUAUACAAACUUAUCUUUUCCAGUAUCCAUAACCUUUAAUUCAAGGAUUUUAAGAGCUCUACUAGAGGACACGGCUUAGGCCUGAAACCUCCCAGUUCAUGCUGCCUGCAGAGACUUGACUGGAUUUGCAAAGCAGAUUGUUACAUUCCUUACCCAACAUGUAGUAUGAAUGAAGCCUGUGGGCCUGCUUCACACAGACAGAUAGGUAGCACUGAGAAAAUUAAGGUCUGGUAGGUUUUCUUAAAUAAGAGGAGACAAGAAACUGGCAAGAACAUGGGCUGGCUUAACUCAGUGAUCUCACCCUCUAGUAAAAUAAGGCCAAAUUAAUAUCAAACUCUGAUUUAUCAGAUUAGUCACUCUUCCUUGAUGAGGGUGUAAUGGCUGGAGAGGGACUCCACAGAUAACGUGGAGUGAAUGGAUUUCAGGGAAAUUCCAGCUUUCCUGUAGGCAGAAAGCAAAAUAUGGAGAGAAGACGAGAGACUUUCCCUCUUUGGUGGUUUUUUUUUUUGGUCUAUUCUUUUAAGGCGUACAUUAUUCUGUUAAAAUCUACCACAGAUCACAAGUUAUCACAAAUGAGUGAUACAUUAGAGGUGGAAUAACAUGUUCAAGAAUAUCAUCUCUCCCCCUACUGCUUUCUUGUUUACAUUUUACUGGUGGUAAGACAUAGAAUAAGCAAACAGAUAUGGUCUUGUGGUAAUACUAAAGGUUAUGAAUAUAUAUUAAGCAGAACCCAAGGACAGAAAGUGAGAGAGCUGGGGGUACUUGUUAAGUAGGAGUUAGAAAGGCCUUUCUGUUAAAAUUGUAUUUUAUUGGAGAGGAAGUGGGGGAAUAAGUCAGGCAGACAUCUGUGUUAAGUGCAAGGUCAUUCUUCACUUAGUUGAGUUAGAUUAUGUAUUUUUCCCCAAAAUUAUUGAAUUUAUUUUUUUUAUUUAGUACAAUUACACACUUGUUUUUAACAGACAUAUUUCUUUGAUGGAAUUUUUCUUGUUUUUACAGUUUGUUCUUUUUUAAGUUAAAAUUCACAUACAGUGAAAGCACAUAUUUAAAGAGUUGACAAAUGCAUACAAUUGGUACAGUCUAAACUCCUAUCAUUACCAAUGCCUCAGGAAGUUCAUUUCUAGUUAAGCCCCCUCCCCACAACUGAAUAGAAAUAAAAUCAUGCAGUAUAUUCUCUUUGGCAUAAGACAUCUUUCAAACAGCAUAAUGUUUUUGAAACUCAUUCAUCUUGUUGCAUUUAUCAGUAGUUCAUUCCUCUUUAAUUAUUUAUAGCAUUGUACUAUAUGACUGUGUCACAGUUUGUUUAUCCUAUUGAUUCCCAUCAAGGCUGUUUCUAGUUUGGGAUGUUCUGAAUAAGCUACUGUGAACAUUUUUUUGUACAAAUCUUUUGGGGACCAUGUGUUUUUAUUUUUGUUGGAACAAAUAUGUUGGAGUAGAAUUAUGUUUUAUUAAAAAAAGGCAACUGCUAGA